GUUUCGACGGAAGACCUAUCAUACUUUUCUACAGGUGCAGUCGGUCGUUGCGGAAGGGCAUAGAGUUGUUCGUCGAAAUUAAAUAUUUCAAACCGAGUGGGCCAACGUUUCAACAAUUACUGAAUUGCACUUUCGUUCCUGGAAUAAUCGAACGUUUUGAUUGUAAAGACACUUUACCGAAAUCGGACACUUCACUGGCUUUUAAAACAAAGGCUUCAGUUGUUGGGGCCGACAUGUUUGUCAGCGGCUUGGUUUCGGUGUUUCUGUUCUUUCAUGCAACCGGUAAGUACUCCUUCUGUUGAUAUAAACUCCUCAUGACUUUAGACUAGGCCUACGUUUACACUAGCCUACGUUUCAAUUGAGUAUUUAUUGUAUUGGUAAGAUAUGCACUUGAUUGCUGUAUAUUUUCUAUACUUGAACUUUAGGCCCACAGGUAGGCACUGGUCUUAGAUCAGUUUACCCAACCCAAAAUAAGAAAACAUAAUUAACAGACCUGGGAUCAGUAGGGGCUUGCCUUGGCUACGUCAUUGUACACCUUUCUUAUAAAGCAGGAAACAAUAUAUCUACAAUCAUUCACAUCUGACUAACUAUUAAAAAUAUAACCUAGUCAGAGUAUUACUCUGUUGCAGCUGGCUGAUGGGCGUUAUUAGAUCAAAUUAAAAUAAAAUAAAAUGUUAUUUGCCACAUGCGCAAAAUACAACAGGUGUAGACCUUAUAGUGAAAUGCUUACUUACAAGCCCUUAACCAACAAUGCAGUUUUAAGAAAAAUGUGUUAAGUAAAAAAUAGAUAAGUAUAAAAAAAUUACAUAAUUAAAGAGCAGCAGUAAAAUAAAAUAACAGUAGGGAGGCUUUAUACAGGGGGUACUGGUACAGGUUCAAUGUGCGGGGGUACUGUUGGGCGUAGCACAGAGAAUUUCCGACCAAACCAUAACGUCAAUACUUCCAGAAUUCCUGACUUGGAAGACAACCAAUAUCUUCUAAACAUCCAUGUCUAGUUGCAGGUGGUUCAUUUGAAUUUAGAAAAUGCUCGUUAUUAAAUUAAAUAUAUUUUUUGCUCCAUGAAGUAAUCCAACAAUGUGUACGCCACCAUCUUGUCUAUUUCAAAUCUUCUCACUGGGCGGAUUCGAUUUUGCUGAGCUGCGGGGCACCGGUCCAUGGCCGUGGUGUGAACGGGCAAAAGCAGUGAGAGAGGAGCGCACUUCUCAAAUUGAACAGUAAUCUGAGACACUCGGUCAUGUUGUCAACAAGAAAGCAUGGUGCAUCAUCCAGAAACAUCUCUUUUCCAUAAAAUAAAGUGCCUUCGGAAAGUAUUCAGACCUCUUGACUUUUUCCACAUUUUGUUACGUUACAGCCUUAUUCUAAAAUGGAUUAAAUAACAAUUUCCUCAGCAAUCUACAAACAAUACCCUAUAAUGACAAAGCGAAAACAGGUUUUUUAGAAUUUUUUGAAAAUUUAUUAAAAACAAAAAACUGAUACCUUAUUUACAUAAGUAUUCACACCCUUUGCUAUGAGACUCGAAAUUGUGCUCAGGUACAUCCUGUUUCCAUUGAUCAUCCUUGAGAUGUUUCUACAACUUGAUUGGAGUCCACCUGUGGUAAAUUUAAAUUGAUUGGACAUGAUUUGGACAUAGUGGCCUCCAUCAUUCUUAAAUGGAAGAAGUUUGGAACCACCAAGACUCUUCCAGUGCUGGCCGCCCGGCCAAACUGAGCAAUCAGGGGAGAUGGGCCUUGGUCAGGGAGGUGACUAAGAACCCGAUGGUCACUCUGACAGCUCUACAGUCCCUCUGUGGAGAUGGGAGAAGCUUCCAGAAGGACAACCGUCUCUGCAACACUCCACCAAUUAGGCCUUUAUGGUAGAGUGGCCAGACGGAAGCCACUCCUCUGUAAAAGGCACAUGACAGCCCGCUUGGAGUUUGCGAAAAAGGCACCUAAAGACUCUCAGACCAUGAGAAACAAGUUUCUCUGGUCUGAUGAAACCAAGAUUGAACUCUUUGGCCUGAAUUGAAAGCGUCACAUCUGGAGAAAAUCUGGCACCAUCCCUACGGUGUUGGCAGCAUCAUUCUGUGGGAAUGUUUUUCAGUGGCCGGAACUGUGAGACUAAUCACGAUCGUGGCAAAGAUGAACUGAGCAAAUUACAGAGAGAUCCUUGAAUAAAACCUGCUCAGGACCUCAGACUGGGGCGAAGGUUCACCUUCCAACAGGACAACAACCCUAAGCACACAGCCAAGACAACACAGGAGUGAUUCGGGACAAGUCUCUAAAUGUCCUUGAGUGGCCCAGCCAGAGCCCGGACUUGGACCCGAUCGAACAUCUCUGGAGAAACCUGAAAAAAACUGUGCAGCAACGCUCCCCAUCCAACCUGACAGAGCUUGAGAGGAGCUGCAGAGAAGAAUGGGAGAAACUCCCCAAAUACAGGUGUGCCAAGCUUGUAGCGUCAUACCCAAGAAGACUCGAGGCUGUAAUCGCUGCCAAAGGUGCUUCAACAAAGUACUGAGUGAAAGGUCUGAAUACUUACAGUACCAGUGAAAAGUUUGGACACCUACUUAUUCCAGGGUUUUUCUUUUUUUAAACUAUUUUCUACAUUGUAGAAUAAUAGUGAAGACUUCAAAACUGUGAAAUGACACAUACAGUGAGGGGGGGAAAAAGUAUUUGAUCCCCUGCUGAUUUUGUACAUUUGCCCACUGACAGACAUGAUCAGUCUAUAAUUUUAAUGAUAGGUUUAUUUGAACAGUGAGAGACAGAAUAACAAAAAAAUCUAGAAAAUGCAUGUCAAAAAUGUUAUAUUGAUUUGCAUUUUAAUGAGGGAAAUAAGUUUCGACUCCUCUGCAAAACAUGACUUAUUACUUGGUGGCAAAACCCUUGUUGGCAAUCACAGAGGUCAGACGUUUCUUGUAGUUGGCCACCAGGUUUGCACACAUCUCAGGAGGGAUUUUGUUCCACUCCUCUUUGCAGAUCUUCUCCAAGUCAUUAAGGUUUCGAGGCUGACGUUUGGCAACUCAAACCUUCAGCUCCCUCCACAGACUUUCUAUGGGAUUAAGGUCUGGAGACUGGCUAGGCCACUCCAGACAUUAAUCCCAUGUCUCUCACUGUUCAAAUAAACCUACCAUUAAAAUUAUAGACUGAUCAUGUCUUUGUCAGUGGGCAAAUGUACAAAAUCAGCAGGGGAUCAAAUACUUUUUUCCCUCACUGUAUGGAAUCAUGUAGUAACCAAAAAAGUGUUGAAUAAAUAAAAAUAGACACUCUUGCUUCCGGACAAGCUAAACACCAUCUUUGUCCGCUUUCAGGACACUACAGUGCCACUGACGCGGCCCCCUACCAAGGCCGAAAUGUGGCCGAAAUGAGUAAGACAUUUUAAGCGUGUUAACCCUCGCAAGGCUGCCGGCCCAGAUGUCAUUCCUAGCCACGUCCUCAGAGUAUGCGCAGACAUUACAUUUACAUCAUUUAGCAGACGCUCUUAUCCAGAGCGACUUACAAAUGGGUGCAUUCACCUUAUAGCCAGUGGGAUAACCACUUUACAAUAUGUUAAUUUUUUUUGGGUGGGGUAAGGGGGGGGUAGAAUGAUUACUUUAUCCUAUCCCAGGUAUGCCUUAAAGAGGUGGGGUUUCAAGUGUCUCCGGAAGGUGGUGAGUGACUCCGCUGUCCUGGCGUCGUGAGGGAGCUUGUUCCACCAUUGGGGUGCCAGAGCAGCGAACAGUUUUGACUGGGCUGAGCGGGAACUGUGCUUCCGCAGAGGUAGGGGAGGCAGGCCAGAGGUGGAUGAACGCAAUGCCCUCGUUUGGGUGUAGGGACUGAUCAGAGCCUGAAGGUACGGAGGUGCCGUUCCCCUCACAGCUCCGUAGGCAAGCACCAUGGUCUUGUAGCAGAUGCGAGCUUCAACUGGAAGCUGGCUGUUGUGUUUACGGACAUAUUCAAUCUCUCCCUAUCCCAGUCUGCUGUCCCCACAUGCUUCAAGAUGGCCACCAUUGUCCUUGUCGGAGCUAGAAACACAAGUAUUUCGCUACACCCGCAAUAACAGCUGCUAAACACGUGUAUGUGACCCCCAAAAAAUGUUUUGAAUGAAAUCAACUUUCACCCUGUCCAAAACAGGGUGUGGGGAAAUUUUUUGGAUCGUUUAGAUAUGUUUCUGCUUAUACUUUCUGACAUUUGGUAGGCUAUUUGUUCGUCAACUUGUCUAUAAUUAGAUACAUGCAGCUUCUCUUCUGUCAUUACUUGAUGUUCGUCAAGAAUACUAAAUAAAGCCUUGCGUGCUCAUCAGAAUGUCAUUAAUCGAUAGAAUGAUCAAUGCAUCAUCAACAAUCUAGUUGACAUAAUUUGUCCUAUCACAGAGCGAGGACGUUUAGGGACCGGUUUUAAGGAAAUGAAAAGCUGUGAAACCGAUCCAACAUGUUUUGCCUUGGAUGCAUAUUUUAUGUGGUUGAAAAUGAAAUACUGUCAGCUUUUGUCACUGAAAGAAGCGCAUUCCACAUUCUCACAAGAUACUGAAAUAAAUAAAUAAUUUCUCCACUCCUGUUCCCGAGACAAAAUUACCAUUUAAUCUAUAAUUUUACUGCGAGGAACACUUAAUUCUGCAGGAGUUAAUAUUACAAUAGGCUACAUGUGAGGCCUACAGUCUGUCCAAACUUCAGUUACUAUUAGGUUACUCCCAUACAGUGCAAACCCAUACAGUGCAAUUUGAUACAUGCAAAGAGACAUCACUUACAAAACAUCAAAGUGUUAUGAAUGGCAUUCGUGAUUGUCAUUCAUUAGGCCUACACGUCUUGUAACCUCAAUUGAUGCCUAGACUGCUGUUCGUGUGCGUCUCGGUCUCGGCCACUCAUCUCUGCCACAUUUCAGUGUUAUCAUCGAAGAACAUCGCAUUUUGGAGCGUAUUUCACAAGUUUUCAAGUCUAUUUGCAAAUUUUUCAUGCAACUGACAUGCGGUAAUGAUAAAUAGUGUAAUAGCCUACAGUUUACUUGGAAUCUAUGUUUUAAUUAUUGUGGUAAGCUCAUGUUUUACCGGUACGGUGUACCCCCACUAUUUAUUUUGCCAGUACUCCGGACCGCACAGACUUACUUUCACCCCUGACAGUACCUAACCUGUAACGGCUAAUGGACCAUCACAUUAGCCCGUUACAAUCUGCUAGCUAACAUCUGAUAUGUUUUUUUAAUGUCCCUUUAUGUUCUUAAUAAUAUUAUGAUUCAUGUGUGUAAGGCAAUGAAUGGAUAUUUAACUUUUUCAGACUGGCUGAAAUGACCAGGGGUGUAUUAAUUAUGUCUUGCAACCGUUUUCCAUUUGUAAGAACCAAAUAGAAGCAAACGAAACAAAAUGGGGAGGGACCUACCUGAAUUUGUCCAAUAUAAUCUAGUUUGUGUUCCAAAACGUUUUCUGUUUGGCGUAAAUAGUUUCUGUUGCAAAAUGUUUUGUAACAGAAUCGCCGUAAUGAAACAAAAGGUUAGUUGAAAAAUUGCUGCCGGGGCUUUCCACUAGCUGUUGUAACGGCUGUAUGGAAGCAUUUACAUAUCACCGUUACAAUGUGUAGCGAACUUGAAAGCAGAGUUGACAGGGAACAAUAUACUUUUCAAAUGCGUACAUUUUCCAGAGUAGACUCUCUGGUACUUUUAAUGAUAUGACCCAUUUUGUACAUAGAAAUUGACAUUAUAGGUCAUUAAUCAAUCACAGCCAUUAUUUAGGAUUGCACAUACAGCAAAUCGAAGGCACAGGGAGUCCCCUUUGAAUCCAUUUACCAUUCAUUCUGUUGGUGGUGCUCAUAAAAUCAAUCAGAAGUUCAGAAUUAGCAGAGAGCCCACUCUGGAAAUCUUAUGUACUUGAAUAUUGUUCCAAACAAUAUGUCUUAAAAUGAUCAAAAUCAAAAAGGAUACUUUUGAGAUUCAUAUUAAUAUUUUUAAUGUUGAAUCAAUUCAUGUGAGAAUUUGUAUUUCAGAAUCUCCAGAGCACACUAUAAGGAGUAUAAUGAUGCCAAGAUGUUGUCUGUAUCAUAUAUGGUUCACGUAUCAUAAAGUCUUACAGGAGGCAUGUAUAGGUCUAAAAAAGGGCCUAAAAUGGCCACUUUCAUCAUGAUUUUCUCAAAAAUGGUUUGUGAUACAAAUGUAAAAGGAACGUCAAACAGCCUUACUCCCAAUGAAGUUUCUAGGUGAGAAUUGCCAGAACAAUCUGAGACACCCAAAAAUAUUUUCUGCCUACGCUGGCGUGGAAACGCUAUUCAUCUUUCUGAAUAUUCUCUGGUUUUUGGAGUACCAACUGCAAAUGAACACGGUAGUUUAUAAGAGACACGUUUCUUCCAAAUCGAGAACGAAGAAAGUAGCGGCAAGAAAACAUUUGUAAAAAAAUGGCUGUCCGGCCUUUCCACUAGUGACAGUGUAACGGCUGUAUGGAAGCAUUUACCAAUCAGUUAGAAUGUGUAGCUACUUUCAAGCUGUAGUCCACUGUGAGUCAAGUCGGCAUAGCCUAGUGAUAUGGUCAUUUAACAACAGACACUUUAAUGAGCCACACCAUACUGAACUAUUGGACAGCCUUUGUGCUGUACAAAACAGCCAUUGGGUAUUAGUGGACUAUACAGUGAGGGGGAAAAAGUAUUUGAUCCCCUGCUGAUUUUGUACGUUUGCCCACUGACAAAGAAAUGAUCUGUUUAUAAUUUUAAUGGUAGGUUUAUUUGAUCAGUGAGAGACAGAAUAACAACAAAAAAAUCCAGAAAAACGCAUGUCAAAAAUGUUAUAUUGAUUUGCAUUUUAAUGAGGGAAAUAAGUAUUUGACCCCACUGCAAAACAUGACUUAGUACUUGGUGGCAAAACCCUUGUUGGCAAUCAGAGGUCAGACGUUUCUUGUAAAUGGCCACCAGGUUUGCACACAUCUCAGGAGGGAUUUUGUCCCACUCCUCUUUGCAGAUCUUCUCCAAGUCAUUAAGGUUUCGAGGCUGAUGUUUGGCAACUCAAACCUUCAGCUCCCUCCACAUAUUUUCUAUGGGAUUAAGGUCUAGAGACUGGCUAGGCCACUCCAGGACCUUAAUGUGCUUCUUCUUGAGCCACUCCUUUGUUGCCUUGGCCGUGUGUUUUGGGUCAUUGUCAUGCUGGAAUACCCAUCCACGGCCCAUUUUCAAUGCCCUGGCUGAGGGAAGGAGGUUCUCACCCAAGAUUUGACGGUACAUGGCCGCGUCCAUCGUCCCUUUGAUGCGGUGAAGUUGUCCUGUCCCCUUAGCAGAAAAACACCCCCAAAGCAUAAUGUUUCCACCUCCAUGUUUGACGGUGGGGAUGGUGUUCUUGGGGUCAUAGGCAGCAUUCCUCCUCCUCCAAACACGGCGAGUUGAGUUGAUGCCAAAGAGCUCCAUUUUGUUCUCAUCUGACCACAACACUUUCACCCAGUUCUCCUCUGAAUCAUUCAGAUGUUCAUUGGCAAACUUCAGACGGGCAUGUAUAUGUGCUUUCUUGAGCAGGGGGACCUUGCGGGCGCUGCAGGAUUUCAGUCCUUCACGGCGUAGUGUGUUACCAAUUGUUUUCUUGGUGACUAUGGUCCCAGCUGCCUUGAGAUCAUUGACAAGAUCCUCCCGUGUAGUUCUGUGCUGAUUCCUCACCGUUCUCAUGAUCAUUGCAACUCCACAAGGUGAGAUCUUGCAUGGAGCCCCAGGCCGAGGGAGAUUGACAGUUCUUUUGUGUUUCUUCCAUUUGCGAAUAAUCGCACCAACUGUUGUCACCUUCUCACCAAGCUGCUUGGCAAUGGUCUUAUAACUCAUUCCAGCCUUGUGUCGGUCUACAAUCUUGUCCCUGACAUCCUUGGAGAGCUCUUUGGGCUUGGCCAUGGUGGAGAGUUUGGAAUCUGAUUGAUUGAUUGCUUCUGUGGACAAGUGUGUUUUAUACAGGUAACAAGCUGAGAUUAGGAGCACUCCCUUUAAGAGUGUGCUCCUAAUCUCAGCUUGUUACCUGUAUUAAAGACACCUGGGAGCCAGAAAUCUUUCUGAUUGAGAGUGGGUCAAAUACUUAUUUCCCUCAUUAAAAUGCAAAUCAAUUUAUAAAAUUUUUGACAUGCGUUUUUCUGGAUUUUUUUGUUGUUAUUCUGUCUCUCACUGUUCAAAUAAACCUACCAUUAAAAUUGAUCAUUUCUUUGUCAGUGGGCAAACUUACAAAAUCAGCAGGGGAUCAAAUACUUUUUUCCCUCACUGUAAGCUUAGUUUCAAGAGCUGAGCGAAACAUUUGAUUGGUGUAGAAGGCCUUUAAACAUUCCACACAUCAACACAAGGGCCACUACUUUCCACCUGUUAUCUGUGUGGUUAUUGUCUCACCUUGGAAACCCUAGCUCUGCUUCCCCACCCCCGAAACUCACGUGACAAGCAAACAAGGAAAUCAGUCAAUGGAUGGAGUUUUGUUUUCUGAUUUCAUUUUACACACUGGAGACUUGGUUCCCAUGCUUUUAUCUGACCAAACCAUUUCUCUAAAUGGGCAUACUAAACUCUUAUCUCUCGGUUGUUCAGUCACUCACUACCCUCAGAUAUAGACUGUUGAGUUGAGAUUGAUCAAUGAUAAUGGAGGUUGAGAUUGUGCUUUGUUACUGAGCAGCACAGUGGGAGCGCUACUGUACAAGCUGUAUCCUGGAUACAGUGGUUGAAAAAGUAUUCAAUUUGUCAUACUUGAGUAAAAGUAAAGAUUUUCUAUUAAGGUGACUCAAGUGAAAGUCACCCAGCUAAAUACUACUUGAGUAAAAGUAUCUGGUUUUAAAUGUAUUUAUGUACAGUGGUGGAACAAUUACACAAUUGUCAUACUUGAGUAAAAGUUAACAAAUGCUAUACAUCAAAUUAUUUAUAUUAAGCACACUUGGGUAUCAUUUACAAACGCAGUAUUUGUGUUUAAUGAGUCCACCAGAUCAGAGGCAGUAGGGAUGACACCGCGUUGUAUUGAUAGGUGCGUGAAUUGAACCAUAUUGCUGUCCUGCCUGAGCUUUCGAAAUGUACUUUUGGGUGUCAGUGAAAAUGUAUGGGAGUAAAAGUUUUCAAAAAUAUAAAUAGUAAAGUAUAGAUACCCCAAAGAACUAGUAAGUAUUUUUACAUAGUUACUUUACACCACUGGCUGGAUAUAUAAUAUCCUCUAAUACAACACUAAUGUGUAGAAAUGAGCUAGGCUAUCCUAUCCUGCAUGUACUUGAUAAUGGAAUGUACAGUAUUACGACCCAGGUUGUGACCGUUACUAAUGUCAUGUGCGCCACCUGCCUCUGGUGCCUGUCUGUUGCUGGGACAUACUUUUUGCAGUGAAUGGCGUGACUGCUCAGUAGGUCUCUGGCUGGACCAUAGACUCGAAAUGUCUGGAGUGGACACACUCAUAGUCCAGUCUAUUCAAAUAUAUAAAAAAGCUUUAUUGUCCAAAUGUCCAUCCAAUUUACAUUAAGCAGAAAAACAUCUAGUGUUCUUGGUUUCCCACUCUGAAAGGGCCCUUCAGACUGUUUUGGCCCAGUUUCACAUGAAGGUUUCUGGCUCAGUACAGAGGAGUGAGUCACACUUACCACAUUUACCAGUAUUUGUCCACAGUCAGUCCACACCCUGUAGGCUUCAGGCCAUUGGUUGGCAGAGCACCAGACAUGCUCUUAGGGCUUUAAAGAGCGAGAGGGGCGGGUCAUUAAAAUGUUUAAAGUUCAGCAGAAACUAAACCAGUCAUCUGAAUGUGUGUGUUUCUGUUGCGGUAGUGGUAAGACUGGAGCACUUGGUGUUUUGAAUUCCAAAGAUGUCAUCUCCUUCAUGUCCCUGGCGUCUCUCUUUACUUUUCUCCCCCUUUCCCCAGGUGUAGAGGCGUUCACAGUCACAACCAGCAAUGCAAAUGUGAGGUCUAAAGUGAAUGAGGGUAAGUCCUGUAGAAUGGAAAUGAACUCUCAAUGGGCAGUUUCUGAAAUAAACAAAAGCUUUCAGCUGUCAUUGUGUGUGUUACAAGCAAUAAAUAUUGUAUUUAAAAAGUCUAUUGUAUUUAUUAUAUGCUAUUUUGCAUAUUUAUCCCAAAGUAAUGUAGUUAACAUUAUCAAUCUCUUCUCUACAGGGGCUGAUCUUUACUGCACUCACUCGGCUGACUUUGGGGCAAAUGCAAGAGUUGAGUGGAAGUUUAGGGACAUGAAGGGUUCUACGACCUAUGUCAUUUUCGAUGGGAAACCCACCAGUAAGUACGCAAACUUUUCAGACUUGAUUCCAAGGAGACACGUGACUUCUUGUAUUUGUGUCGUGAUUGUUUGCGUCUGUAUUUUUCUACAAUUAAGUCACAAAUGAGUUACCGGCCAUAAUCAUUCAAUUUUGUAACAUAUCUUUUUUUAAAUCAUUGAUUUAUCUUUCUCUUGCUCUCUCUCUCAGCACCUUAUGCGGACCGUGUCAUUAGGUCUGAUGGGAUGCUGAGGUUCACUAAGGUGAUAAGCAAAGAUAAUGGGGAGUAUAGCUGCGAGGUGUCUGGCAAUCAACAGUUUGGGCAGGUCAACAUAAAGCUCACUGUUUUAGGUAAGGAGAGUCUUAUCAUCGAACUGUUGUGCAACAUAUCUAUCAUUUUGAGGUGAAUUAUUAUUAUUAUUGAACAGAGCUAGACACUGCUUUGAGGGAAUAUCUCUGUGGGACUAUAUGAAUCCCAGUGUGAGAAACUGAUUGUCUGUAAAUGUUAUACACACAGGAUAGAAACUACCUUGCAAUCGGCUGCAGACAGUUUCAUGUUGUCACAAUACUAUGACCAUAUGAGUGAAUUGAUCCGUGAUACCAUGACCAUAAGAUGUAAAUUAUAAAAUAAGAAAAGAUAGUACUUUAUUCAUUCACCAAAGGGGAAAUGUGAUUGCACCAGCCAAUACAAAUAACACAGAUAAAUACACAACAAACACACAGACCGUAAGAACUUCAUGUAAAAACAAACAGACGCAACAGCUAGCUGGUUGCUGAGUCGCUAAAACAGGAUAGCGCCGCUCUGCUCUCACUCUCUGCUACCUCUUACAUCCUCCUGCAGUACCUCCAUCCGUGCCCAUGUGUAGGAUCCCGACCUCUGUGACGACGGGGCAUAGCGUGCUACUGUCCUGUCACGAUGCACAGGGGUCUCCUUCCCCCACCUACAAGUGGUACAAGGACAAGAUCCCCCUUCCUGAGGACCCCAGCAAGUUCCCUGCCUUCAAGAACUACACCUACAAGAUCAAUCCUCUCAAUGGCAACCUGGUCAGUGCUGCUGAAUCCUCCUCACCUGGGUCAUAUUCAUUAGGGCACACUGUAGCAAACUAUUUUGCAAUAUACAACAACAACGAGUUUAUUUUAUUAAUUUUUGGAGCCUAAUUAGUAUAACCCAGGUCCCAGAUGUGUUUGUGCUGUAUGGUCAACUCGGCAAGCUAAAGGCGUCAGCAUGCUUCAGUUCGGCUGGCGCCUAGCCAAACUCAGCUAGGCGGAACUAACGGGCGUGCUCACACACUCUUUGCUUGAAAAACUUUAAAAAAGCAGCAAUAGUUCUUUGUCCGUUUUUAGACGCCUCAAAAUAGUCCAAAUUAAUCUUAAGGUAACUCAAGACAGCUGUCAUAAAUGUUGACGUUUUUACUGAGGAGAUCUUAAUCGUGCAAUCUUACUAAUAUGUUUGGUACAGUAUUUCUCAAGUGAAAUGUUUUGCAUGAAAAUGAUUUAUUCUCCAAUUGAAUGACAACAAACACUUAAUUGAAGAAUCCCUACUGUUGAUCAAUCACUGACAAAGGGGCGUUGACUUCGGCUGAUGACUUCGGCUUGCCUCAAAUUUAUUUUGUGUGGACAAACAACCGGAAAGAAAACCGUCCGAAGACCAAAAUGUCAUCAUAUGCACGAACUGUUUCGGCUGGGAAGCAUGCGAACGCCCUUAACACAGCAGUACUGUGUGGUAACUUCACAGCUCUCUCUCGUUUCAGUUGUUCACCCUGUAUUUUAUAUCAGUGAUUGUAAACAUCUCCAUAUCUCUGCUGCAGGAGUUUCCCUCUGCUUCGUUGACGGAUACAGGAGACUACAGCUGUGAAGCUAUGAACGAUGCCGGCCCUGUUCAACGCUGUCAAGCAGUGAGGAUGGACGUCCGUAAGUGCCCUUUGCUUUCUAUGGGGAAAAGCCCAUUGCACACUAGCCUGGGCUACACAGGUGAUAACAAUCCCCAAAAAAUGUUUUACCAGAGUUAAAAACAAUAUAGAAUUGUUUGGCUAACUUAUUUACUGGGCCAUCAACUUAAUGUAAAACACUAUGGUUUGGUGGGAAGCUUACUGACAAAUAAAAAAUAUAGGAAGGCGAUAAACGAAGGUGUUUGCUGCACUGAAAUGUAGGUCAUACCACACAUAGGCAGGGCUCUAAAAUGCCACCGGUUGCAUAUGCUCCUAAAUAUUUUACUGUGCGGCUUGGAAUGUUUUUGGUGGAGCACUAGUGGUCCUCGUAAAAAAAAGAUCUGCCAGAUAAUUGUUUUAAUGAUUAGGCUUCACUGUUCCCGAGUGCCCUAGAGAAAAGCAAGUGGUGUUUGUACCAUUACUACAGAGAAAACAGCUUGUCUCUAGCCUAAACCAUUUUAAAGGUUGUGACCAUGUUACCGGUGCUACGUUUUUCCCCUACUACUGCGCAUUGGCGCUGUGGCUGGAUGCAUCUCAGUUGACGGGGUGCAUUUUACAUUCAGAAACCAUGUUGCGGGCCGUUAAAGGCUGUAUCUCAAUCAAUAAAAAAAAAACAUUAUCUGUUGUUCCUAAAUUGUAUUAAGUGCCCUGCACAUAUGUAAACCUAGUCAAUCCUCCGACCUGUUCAGGUCUGUAGACUGCAACCAUUUAGUCGCAUUUUGACACCCUUUGACUUGCUGUUGCAGCAGAGUCACAUGAUAUAACCUGUAAACCUCAAAUGUUGCCAUGCUGGUUGGGUUGGUAGUGGAUGUUGCCGAACAAGCUUUUUGAAAUCAUAAACGGUGCUAGUAGGUGCUUGGCUAUUUACUAGACUAGAAAGAACGUGAGGCUUUAAGUAUCUAAUACAGCUUAUCAGUUACACACAUUGUUUUCAUCAAUCAAAUGUAUUUCUAAAGCCUUAUUUUACAUCAGCAGUUUUCAAAGUGCUUUUACACUAAUCUGGUCUAGAUGUGUUAUUUGCUUGGACCUUUAUUGCAUACAGAACACAAGGACAAUGUUGUUCAACUGAACCUGAGAUAUUGAAACUAUUUCACUCUCCCAUUUUGACUUUGUCGUUUAGAAAUGUGAGCCAGGGUAACGCAUCUCAUUUCCCUCCCUCUCUCGCUCUCUCACGCUCUCGCUCUCUCUCUCUCUAGGCAACAUCAACACUGGAGGUAUUGUUGCCGGGGUGAUUGUGGCUCUCCUAGCCCUGGCACUGCUGGGCUUCGGACUGUGGUACGCCAACCGCAAAGGAUACCUGCCCAGUGAGUUUACAUCCCCUAUUCACCCUAGCGACUCCUCGUCCUGUAUUCAUAAAGCGUCUAGUAGGAGUGCUGAUCUAGGAUCCGAUUGACCUUUUCGAUGAUAAUGAAUGAGAUUACUUGGACAGAGGGAACCUGAUCUUUGAUCUGUACUCCUACUUUAAGACAAUUUAUAAAUACAGGGCCAGAUCAGUGACUGAUAACUUGCAGUUCAUAAUGUCUAAUUCUAUUUUUUAUUUAUUUUGCCCUUACAGAAAAGAGUGAAAGGUAACUGAUUACUUUCUGUCUACUCUGUCUUUUAUGUUCUUGUUAAUGCAUGACUUAGCAGAUUGGUUUUACAUUGCCAGAGUUUCAUAUUACAGCUAUGUCCCUCUCUGGUUGCCCUGUGGCUGAGGGCUUACAGUAGUUUGGAUGUUUUCCAAUUGUGUUAUAUGUACAGUUUACAUCAAUGUUUUGUGAUAACAUUUCCUUGCACAUCUUACAAACAGUAAAUAAUACAACAGUAUAGUACACUAUAAAGUAGUUGAUAGCUAUAAAGAUAUUUCUGUUGGCUCAUAUGUUGUUUCUCUUACAGCAAACCCAAACCCUCAGUGGUCUACCAGCCAACAUCUGAGUACGGCGAUGAAGGGGAUGUAUGUUUCAUCUGUAUUUUUCCACUUAUUAAUAGUCUGAGGCUUUUGUUUUUUUGGCCUUUCAUUUCCGUAGGAUUUCUUCCAUCUCUCUCUCUUAUGUUUGUGUAGUUUUUUUUGCAAGCAGAAAAUAUUAUUGAAAAUAACAGAAAAUAAUAUUUGUCUAUUUAGGAGGAACUCUCAGCUGCUGAAAAUCAUUUGUAUAUGCUUAGUUUGCUUAGUUUGCUCUCAUAAGAAAAUUCUGUUUUUGAUAAACAAAACCCGUUGCAUCCCUUUUAUUAUGUGGUUUGGUUGUCAGGGAAAUGUUUUUGACUGAGUUCCCUUUCCUGUAAAUUGUAAUAUGGCAUUUAGCAGAUUAUUUGAUCCAAAGCGACAUAGUCAUGCGUGCAUACAUUUUACUUAUGGGUGGUUUCGGGAAUCGAAUCCACUAUCCUGGCGUUGCAAGCACCAUGCUCUAUCAACUGAGUUACAGUGGACCACAUACAGUACCACCUCUAAAGAGAUAAUGGCUGCUGUUCUUUUGGUCCUUUUGUAUUCCAGUGAAAUGGUGUAGCCUCGUUUCUUAACUGCAAUCUUCUGUCUGUUUCAGGGGGAAUUCAGACAGAAGUCUUCCUUCGUGGUAUAGCCAGGGCAUGCAACACAUGUCCAGGAUAUACCCAGGAGUCUACAGCAACAACAGUGGCUAUGGGUGCGUCCCAAUAACAUCUCCCCUUUCUCCUGAAGUGUGCUGUCAUUAACUACUUCCCACAAAUCUCAAAGCUUUGGGUUGUUGGAGGCAUGGGUUAGUGGGAGUUUCCACCGUAUUUCUUAUACCAGUCAUUUUCUUUCAAAUCAGUGAAGGGAAGUGCACAAGUGCACACUUUGGGGGGAAGAAGAUAUAAUUGGGACAUUGCCUAUAGAUGACAAUACCACUGCCCCUUUUACCUAGUCGCUGUGGAUAUGUGUGAAUUGGUGUGGUUUGAUUUUCUUUUCUUUUUUUAUUCCAUCUGUUUAUAAAAAUGUCCAUUUUGGAAUAUUUCUCUAACUGGCAGUUACCUACAUCUGCACUAUUUUGUGUUGACUGUGUGUAUAGAUUAGAAAAAGUACUUCCAUUUAUACUUUAUUUUUCAAGUGCCUCCAUUUUGUGAAAGAAACCUCACAUGCAAGGGGAAAAAAACUGGAAAUUAAUUAAUGAAAUAUUCAACACUGGCCAUUAAUUUUCUAAUCCCAUUAGAACAUGCCUUCUUGUAUGCCUUGCUUUCUUUAUGGCUUUUUAAAGAUGCGUCUCAAAUUGCACCAUAUUCCCUAUAUAGUGCA